ACUUUUAAGCUCCAUCAACGACUCGGCAAGGGAGCUCAGGGCUCUGUAUUUUUAGCCGAAAACAAGCUGGACAAGAAAAUGUAUGUCCUGAAAAAGGUGAGCUCACUGAACUUUUUAAUUGAUGACUUUUUUAUGUAAAAGCUUGUUGAGAAAUGAAGCAAAUGACAGUACUUAUCAUCUAUUAGUUUAACAGUGUGUGUGUGUGUUUGUGUGUGUGUGGAGAAGAAACUUCGAACCGUGCUCAACGGCCACUGUUCAGAGCAGCUGUCUAUUCAGUUAGAGAACCAUUCGUCGAAUGUCAAGAGGCUGCAUUCCACGGUCGUUUGUUUUGGUGUUGAGUUAAUAUUCUUAGCAACCAGAUUUGUAAGUUGUAACGUUUUCGAAAAAAUUUCGCUUACUGUCAUUUUUAUUCAACUCUAUGACAAAACCCUUUGAUGCCGGCGUUUACUUCAGAAAAUAAUUUAGGCAAACACAAAUUCGUGAUCGAUGAUCAUCAAUUGAAGCGACUUCGAACAGCAAGCUGAUGUAAAUAUAAAUUGCAUGAUCAAAGGCAAAGCUGAUAAAACAAGUAACAGAUGUUUUCCCUGAUGCUUGCAAAACAUUUCAGUCCUUGGACAAAAUAUCAUUCAGGCUUUAUUUAGUUUAAGUAGCUUUACACUUGUGUUAUUAGGUUUUAUCGAUUAUCAUUGGCUUUGAGAUUUACAUUCUUUUAGUUAUCAUAUUAACAGAACCUGUAAUGCAAAACGAUCACAGUAAAUAAUUAAGGCAGCCGCUCGAAAAGCUGAAAUUUGUGAUCCAAAGUUCCUAAGAAGAUCAUCAGAUAGAAAACAAAACAUUUAUGGUCGCGAUCGCAAUGUAUUAAAAAAACUGAGAAUUUAAAAUGCAAGAAGCUUCGACCCAUUUUGCCUUUAAUAUGCUUACUACAUAUUAUAUGUAUGUACUUUAAGUGAAUUCUCUGGUCAGGCCUUUUAGUUUAAAAUAUGAACUCAACAAUUUCUAAAUUAUUUUUUGUUUAAAGUCACUUAGCCUUACCCUCAAAAGUUAUAUGAAUCUGCCGGCCCUAAAGUUAACUGAUAUGUGGAUUACAAGUUAAUUGUUUGAUUGAAAUUUUAUAUUAAAAUUAACCGGUCGAACUUCCCUUUUAGCCCUGGCUAAAUUUAUAUAUCAUUGUGUGACUUUCGCAUCGCAAAUUGGUCCCCUUGAUGAUCUUGAGUUAUCAAAUUUUCCCCAUAUUUCUUCCUGAGGCAGGCCUGAGACUACACUGAAAAAAAUGAAAACAAAACAAAAAAAAUACUCAUUACUGUAUCAAGAUUGACCACCAAAAUUUAUUCUUGUAAAACCACAUUAGCUGCAUGUUAAAAUAUAAUUUCUGCAAAACUGUAUUACUCACUUCAAACCUUACUCUCCUCCCUCUCUGUAUCUUUUUACUCUAAAUUUUCCCUUUUUGCACCCUCUUGCCUUCUCGCCAACUUCUCUAUGUGUACUUGCCAUAAAAGUUGAAAGCCUAGUAACGUUGAUGAGACAAAGUUUAACCCUUUAGGCCCCAAGAGGGACCAACAUCAAUUUUCUCCUAACAACAUCAGUAGAUCAUCAAGAGUGAAAGUUAUGAGAAUUACUAAAUUGAUUACCAAAGGUAGAAUGCUUUGAUCUUAAACCAAAUUCUCUCAACCAUUCUUAAAAGAAAUGUAUGUGGAUCGUGGGGCUUUUAAGGGUUAAGCACCAAUGCUUCCUCUUUUUGCCCCCAGAGCCUCCCGAAAGAGCUUUGCUUGCGGGCUUCUCUCAAUAACUUGGGUUUUUAUUGUUGGACUAUUUUUGUUUUGACAAAAGUCUUAGUCAGGCUUAGUUCAUCAGCUGAUGAAUUUCCUUUACUGUGGCAAAUUAAUUUUAGUUCUGAGUGAGGGUCCCUGUUCCUAGCAAAUAGCCCAUUCUCUGGCCAUCGGUUUGUUGUGAUCUCAGUCAGCCAGACCCCUUAUUCUAAUCCAGAUUCCAGUGUGUGUGGGUUAUUAUCGAGCGAGGGUUGUGAGAUGUAUAGAAAUUACCAAUAACUGUCCUAAACUAUCCACUGAUGCUAGAAACACCUGGCCUUGAUUGUUUUGGUCAGUGUUAUUUUUGGUCAACACAAUAUUAAAGUGGCCUGUCUCUGAGUAGAAUUAAGGUUCAAUCUUAUCGAGCCUUGGGCUGUUGGAGAGCACUUUUUAAAUGUAAGUACCUAGAUAUGGUUAGCCACAGCUACAUUUCUACUAAAAUGAUUAAAAUGUUAAUAUUUUUAGGUUGAAUGUAAUGAUGAAGGAGAAGCCAAUAAAGCUUUCAAAGAGGUAAGGGGAAUUCAUAAACCAAAGAUUGUUUGGUUUUAUUCAGACAGAAAACUAGAAAACUUCAAGGUUAAGAAGAAGUUUACAUGAAAAAUUGUAUGAAGUAGGUGGCAACAGUUGUCUAGGUACAUGCAAUCAUGAGAGCGGGAUGGUCCCACUUCCAUUGGGAAAUACUAAGGGCCUCCUGUUAAGGGAAAAUUUAAAUAUUUUGUGCACCCUAAAAAGUGCAUCUCAGUUUAUUUUGACUGACCAGAAAAAAAAAUUUAGCCGUAAGGAUGUCGCCAUUAUUUAUAGAUACAUUGUUGCACUGUAUUAUAGGACAAAGUAAGCUUCCAGGUGUUAUGCUAGAGCACUACUGUUAUUACUGUAACAAUAUCUGAAUAACAACAUGUACAAUUAUAAUAUAAAGUAAUUCAAUGAAAGCAGUGUUAAUUAUAUUAGAGACCUUUAGAUUCGAUGACGAGGACAACUAUGUGUGCAAAAUUUUCUCUGUACUAAUUAGUAGUGCUCAUGCUUUGGUGGAAACAAGUUGUCAAAUGUUAGAGAUUGUAUCAUUUUGUGAUCAGGAGUGGGCUUAACCUCCUUCAACAGAGUUAACAGUGCUGAUGUUUCUGGUGAAAAUAAGUACAAUGAAGCAUUCUGGGGUCCUGGGGUGUCUAUUUUUUGACAUUAUGCAGAAAAACUUUUAAUCAAAUCUCGUCAUCGUAGUUGUUCUCGUCCUCAAAUCUAAUGGUCUCUAUUAUCUGUUACAUGUACUUUCAUCAAUUCUGUUUUGUAGGCCGUCGCUUUACAAGAACUUCAGCAUCAAGACAAACAUCGUUGUAUUUGUGGAUAUAAAGAAUUUUUUGUAACCUGGGAUAAGGAGGUUCGUGUCUGCUUUGAAGCUCCAAAAUAUUAUGAUUAGGCCUAGUUCUGGUUAUAUUAAUUAAUUCCUUUGUCAGUUAAAUACCAGAAGAUCAGAUAAUUCCCAACCAUUCCAAAUUUCCAGAUAUUGGUGAGGAAUGGCAUGGUAAAGUUAUAUACUGUUAAGAUUUGUGAACAUAUGGUUUGGCGAAACUAGAGACUAAUGUGCCUUAGAACUCUAGUUAAACAUCUCAGAUUAGAAACUUAAGAGGCAUUUACUGACUGAUUGCCUGAGUUGUUUUACCCAUUUUGGAAGCAGAUGGCCAAGUGGUUUAGGGUGCUGUAUUUUAUCAUGGCCCCCUGAGGUUUAAUGUUUGCUUUGGACUUAAACAAAAAUUAAUACUAGUAAAUAUGAUGGGACUGUUCUAAAAUAGGUUCUGGUGGAAUAUUGAUUACAGUUUCAUAUGUUUAGGAGUGUGCCAUGUUUGUGUGCAUUGUGAUGGAUUAUUAUAAGCUAGGUGAGUCAAUUUGUAUACAAAAUUAAUAUUUUAAAUUUAAUUAUCUGUUUUUUUCAUAUGAUAAAUUAUGUAAAUAAGUUGUCAUGUAUUUUUUAGCUUAUUAUCUUGGUUAUUAAUGUUAAUUAAUAACUUUAAUUUGCAGGACUGUUUAAUAAGCCCCUUUUACUUAUUUUACAAAUAAUAAUAGGAGUGAUGUAAAUGGGAGGGUAAUGUGAUUGCCUGAGUUCCUUGGAUAAGAGUUGACUGUAAACCUUUUCGUUGGUUGAUUCUUGGCCGAGGGGUAAAGGCACUUUGGAGUUUGGAGAUGGACUCAACAUGUGUGAGAACAAGCUCUAGUCAUUGCCUUAACUCAUGACUAACUCAAAGUCUCGAGUAAGACUCAGUCAUACAGGGUUCAUAAUUAUUCUCUAUUAUUUUCAACAUUUUAGGUGACCUGGAUAAGGCUCUAAAGCAGAAAAGAGCAAAAGGCGAAGCCAUUCCUGAGCUUGUAAGAAACAUUUUUUACCAUUAUAAUUGAUGUUGAAUUAUGAUUUUCAUAAUACUGAGACCUAUUUCCUCAAAUAAGAGCCAACACUCUGACAUGAACCCUGUAUAAGGCUCAGGGAGCUUAUAAUUCUGGGGAUGUACCUGUUGACUACCCUCACCCCUAGGGUAACAUCUACAUAUAUGAAUUAACCCUUUUAAAGCCCCAGUAUCCACAUACAAAUUCUCCAAACUGAUCUCCAUACAUUUCCUUAAAGAAUUAGUUGAGAGAAUUUUAUAAUAGAUCAAGGUAUUUUCUCUUGGGUGAUCAUUUUUUUUAUUCUCAUAACGUAUCUCUUGACAGUGUAUGGAUAUUGUCAGGAGAAAAUUGAUCUUGGUCACUACUGGGAUUUAAAGGGUUAAAAACUCUGAUCUCAUACCAGGCCAUGCCUUUGGACAAAUUUCUUGCUCCUUGUAGAAAAAUUUAAGGUUUUACAGCCUUUACUGACAGUUUUUGGUAAAUAUCUUUAUAAAAUAAACUCUAACUAAUGCAAGAAGAGAAGAGUCCGGAUGUGAAACUUUCACACUUCCUGAAGAAUCCCAGUUUUGGGGGAAAUUCACUGGGACUGGGAACCUGUAAAAUCUUCUUUAGAACUGUUGGGCUUCUCAUUGAAGAAUCCUUGCACUCUAAGGAGAGAAAUCUCCUGCCUUUGACUCAAAAAAGAUUGGCAAGUGCACCAAACUUCUUGAUUAAAACUAGCAGAUAGGUGGGGUUUGUUAACAUUAUUGCCAAGUUAGUCACAGAAAACAGAAUCAAUUUACAUCUACCUUACUUUUUUAGGUCUUUGUUAUGACAAUAAUUGUCAAUAAUUAGUUAUUAACAAUGUAGUCAGGGUGAAAUUGCUUUGAAUUGACAAUAUUUUUCCUUAUUUGACAGGUUUUAAAAAAGUGGUUUGGACAGAUGGUUGAUGCAUUAGCAUUUGUUCACAGCAAAAGUAUGAUACACAGGUAGAUAAUUAUGCAUGUUUUUGUUUAUACUUUUCAGACAAUUAAGUGCCUAAUUAUCAUUUACAGAUUACUUACGUAAGUCUGAAUAAAACAUUCACUGUAAAGCAUCAAUAAAUACUGAAUAUUACUGCGUUUCUGUAAUUGCUCGUGAAUUCAGGAACUGGAUGAUAGAAAUGAUUCCUUAUUAUAAUUUUUCCUUUUUGUGUUUGCUGUAACUUUGACAGAGAUCUCAAACCAAGUAACAUUUUUCUUGCUGAAGAUGGCAGUAUUUCAGUAGGUAGGUCGGCCAUUCUGAAUCCAACAAACUUGAAAUUUGCAAGAUUAAGAAUGCCAAGUUAUUAAAAUAUUUUUGAUCAUACUGUAAUUUGUUGUCAACAGGUGAUUUUGGUGUUUCCACCAUCAUGGAUGAUGCACGAACUCGCACAAGAACAACAGUAGGUGGGUUUCUUUUAGAAGUUUUAGAUCUGCUAAUAAUGUAUGCAGUUGCGCAUUUAGGGGAGCUGCCCCUCAUACCUGAUACAUAUCUACUUUGAAAAUAUGGCCUUCACAGUGCAUUCCCACUCUUCCUUUGACGGCUGCCAUAAUCUUCACUUCAUUCCAUGAUUUCUGGCCCACGUUUUCACGUUCUUUUUCAAUCAUGUGCCUUGCCCCCCCAUACUCAUCUAAAAAGGAGGCUUAUAGGGCUAAGUUACCAAGAAAAUGAUUAUUUCAGGGGUGAACACUUUGGCCUUGUAACCCAGUCACUAAUAACAAUUCUGUUGAUAAAUGAUAAUUGCAUGAUUGUUUUUUAAAGUUGAUUGUUUUGUUGUCAGGUACUAUGAACUGGAUGGCACCAGAGGUUUUAGAAAGGCCGUAUCCUUUAGUUGUAAAUUAACAGUGAAUUAAAGCAUCUUCCUGCUUCUAGGAUGCUAUUUACUAGUAUUACAAAACUUUCAGCACUUUCCAGGUAUUCAGAUAGUGGAGCACGGUUGAGAAAACAUGAUAGAGCAAGUGAAAAAAGAAGGGAAACUGGAGAGAGCAGUAGAGGAAUGCUAUUUCUUUCACCUGUGCUCCACUAUCUGAGCGCCUGAAACACACACUGCAGGAAAUUGUGUUUCUAAGACUGGCUUUACUUGAAAAUUUGCAAAUUUUUUUGUAUAACAUAUACAUUAUUGAAGUAAUUAUUCAAUCAAUUUCGACUUAUUUUACUGGACAACAAACAAAGCAUUUAGCGCAUUCACCCUCAACUACCGGCAACUGGCCAUGUGAAACCAUGUGACUUGUGAUGUCAUCAAUUGCAACGGUUGUAGACCACUUGAACACUUAACUUGUGCAGGGGGAAGGGAAUCUUUCAAAACCAAGCCAAAUGAGCUCGAUUCAGUCCAUCAGGCCAGAGAAAAAUUUCAAAAAAAUCAUGAAGCUUUGACCAGAAAUUUAAAUGAAAAUCACCUAUACUUAACUUUACGAUCCUCUGGGUUUUCGUUAGUCUGCUACACAGCCGUUUUUAGUGUCGUCAGGCAACGCUCUAGUGGGGAGGAGCGUUGCGUGACGACUCUAAAAACGGCUUUGUAGCAGACUAGGUUUUCGUGAAACAAAGCGUAGUAAUGUGCCAAGCAAAAGAAAACAAGGAGGAGCAUGCGAGAAGAGAGGGCGAAAGAUAAAAGUCUGGGGGUUAAUAGUGCCACUUUUUUGUCCACAUUUUGCCUUCUGCGCGUGUUUGGACUUGGAAAACUUUUUUCUGGCACCUGAAACUAGCCAGUGUAAUGCUAGUGAAUUGAUUUGGUUCUUUGGGGGACAGCUAGUGACCAGAAAACGUCUCGAUUAUCUUCAAACAACGCUUUUUGGCAAAAUGGUCGGGGCAAAUGGAUAAAUAAUUCAUGUCCAGGUGUUAAACAUGUGUACGUGUUGUAUUCGUAAAAUAUUUUUUCUUUUCCUGAAAGAAGCUAAGUGAUUUUGGAAAUGCCUCUUUAUAGAUAUGGAAAGGUUUAUCCAAUUUUCACACUUUUGACAAUAUUUUUAUUUGAUUUGUACAUGGAUUUUGAAUAUGUGGUAGUCACUGGGUAGUGUCAAGUUUCAGCAAUUUUUUUGUGUGGCCAUUUGAAAAGUUGAUAUUAUUUCUACCUUAAAAUGUACAAUUAUUCUUAACGUUCUUAAGAUAUGAUGAACGGAGCGAUGUCUGGUCAUUAGGGUGUAUACUUCUUGAAUUGGCCACUUGUGGAUUUUUAGAUGUGAGUUUAAUGGCCCACAUAGCUGGCGGUUUGUUUGGCGAGAGGGGAAAAACUGCGAAAACUGCCGCAAUAAAAAAAAACUCAACGGUUUCUUGUUGUUUCCUGCCCAAUUUUCCGCGCGGCUUCGCCGCUCAUUUGCGCGCUCGACAAACAAAACCUCCAGCUAUGAAGGCUAUGAGUCUUAGUAAGGUUCACUGUGUACUACCGCCUGGAUGGCAGUUUUCCUAUUUUUGUCUUACGAUAGAUCACGAAGCAGAAACUGAAGAAGACGAAAAAUGUCUUUGCAUAUUUCUUUCUCUAGAACGCUCAUACUGAAUUUAACAUACACGGCAUGUAGCCGUGCCGUUUUAAGUAGGCCUUGCAGAAAACAGUUAGCCGCUGCCAUGACUGACCAUCCCCCUAACCCAUGCAGCCAUGAACCUCUAACAGAGAUGUUGAGGCACCAGUGACACUGUGUUAACAGGCAGUGGACUAAAAAGGGAAAGGAUUCAUUGGGAAGAGACUAGCGGAGAUGUCCCGCAGAAAAAACUGCCAUACACGCACACUGAAAUACUCUUAGCCCGCUAAUGCAUUCCUAUUUCCAGCAAUCGCUUUUCUCUGCCCAAAGGUGGAUAGAUGAGAAAGCCGAAAAUACGUCCCCAUUUGCACGGAAAAUACCCUUCGUGAUUCAAUGAGGAGUUUUCAGAACGUGCGAUAGUAUUCCGCUAUCGCUGAGCACUAAAACAUACGGGCUUUCAGUUACAUUACAGUUAACUGCGUUUAAAAAUGUAAUGAUCCUUUUACGACACAAACUUAAGUCUCAUUGUUUUGGAUGUAACUGACUCUAGUAAAAGUGAGCCUUUCUGGUAUUAAGAAACAUAAUCCCUGACGUAUAUCAUCUUAUUAUAUAAGAUAAUUAUAUCAAAAGUGUUAUUUUCACUAUUUCUUUACGUUUAAAGCAAUCGCAGAUAUCAUCCAAGUUGUUUCAGAUCAAGAGUUCUCCUCAGGAACUGGAGGAAGUACUUAAAGACAUUGGAAAGGUUUGUGUUUGCUCGUCAGCUAGUCCAGUCCCUGAUAAAUGCAGUUAUUAGCUCCAUUAGCUGGAUGCGUAACAGACUGCGGAGCGGUGGGUCUUAGUUUAAUUUCCGGCCGGAACAAUACACAGGGCUUUCAAAUGACUAAGUAGAAUGUGCUGCCGUUGCCUCAAAUCUGUAAUGGUUGAACAUGCUAGUCUUCUCGGAUAAGGACGAAAACUCGCGGACGCCGUCUUACACUGAGCAAUCACUCACCUCUCCGAUCUGCCUGAAAGGAAACGCUGUUUCCUUACCUUUCUUCCCCACCCCUCCCCGUUCUUUUACUCGCGCCAUUUUUCGCGCGGUUUCGUUCCUCGUUGUACUCCGAAACCGCACGGAAACGCUUGCUACGCAGGCUACAUAGUUUGGUACGUCAUACUUAUUUGCGAUAGCUGAAAUACUAGUCCCACCCUUAUUCUUGCAGUAAAAAAAGCUUUUUCACGAGAAAUGUUGCAAUUAAGGUGCUCUCUUAUUAAUUAAUGUCUCUUUCCGAAACAAACUUUAAAACCGGUGGCAAUAUAACUGAUGCAUUUCUGUCAAUUUUCGACUUGUCUGACUUGACUGUACAUGUAGUGUACUGUUGUAGACUGAAACAGUAUGAAAAUUUAACACGAGUGGCUGGCGCAAGUUUCAGAAAACAGUUCCGCGUAGGAAGCUUACCAACUUCAUUCCAAGCUGAGACGUUUGAAGUGACUCAUGCUUGUUUAUUUUACCUAACUUUAGAAUUAUACACUUUUUUUCUCGUAGACAUAUGCAAAAGAUUUGUGCCAAACUAUUCGCCUCAUGCUAAGAAGAAACUUUCAACAACGCCCCACAAUGAAGUGAGUAUAAAACUUUUAUUAAGAUGGGAUGAGAAAGCUUUGUGAUGUCGUGCGCGUAUUUUGCAAUUUAUUUCAUAACUAAAUCUUUGCCAAAAGUGCGCGCUGUAGUGCACUCUCGUUGAUUACUUCGAGGUCACAUAACAGAGAGCUUUAGAUUCUGAGACGAGGACGACUACAAGCUAAGUACGAGACUGUAGUGCUCUUGCGUGAGCCAACGUUAUUUUGGCGGGAAAACGUGAUAGCCCUCGUCAUUCCUAUUACGAGUGUUAGAAUAUCGUAAUAGUGGCGGGACAAGUUAUCAAAUUUGAGAAGUUUAAUCAUUUUGCGACCGGGAAAGGGCUAAACCUUCUCCAAUAAAAAUAACCGCACUAAUUUUCAGCUGAAAAUAGCGCAAUAAAACUUUCCAGGUUGAAAAUUUUUCUAGAAUACGCAAAAAAAACUUUCAGUUAAUUCUCGUACUCGUAGUCCGUCUCGUCCUCAAAUCUAAAGCUCUCAAAUAUCUAACAAACUCGAGUUGUUCCCGCCAAGAGUUUCUGAGCGGGUAUCUAUGACGUCAGAGGGUAAUAAUAAACACUUAAUGACUGGUCCCGAGGGAAACAGUUAAUUUUGUUUCUCGAGAAUCUCAAUUAGUACUUUCCAUGCAACCAAAACGUCUGGUUUGAAUUUUCGGCAACUCCCAGCUGUAGAGAAAGGAACAGCAUUUCCCAAAUUCCCAAAAAAGAGGACAACCUUGCGAGGUAUACCCUACCCUGGGUACCAGAGGUUUUUCUCGCGGCCCUAGGCCUAAGAUGUGUCUCGCGUACGGCAGGGAUUUUCGGUGUUGGCAGAAGGCCGACACAUCUUCGGCCGUAGGCCGAAGCCACGAGCGGCGAAGCCGCGAGAAAAAACCUCUGGCACGGAGCAGUGCUUUUUACCCUCCCUGUUGACUUUUGAGCUUUUUAUCGGAUUACGUCAAUCAGAUUGGAAGUCUCCAACUGUGAUCAUGUGGACCACGUGAAGAAAUGUCCAUUAUCCUCAGAAAAACAAGCUGGAGUUUAAAAUUCAUUGCUUUAAGAGAAGUCGUGACCGAAUCACAUAGUUGAUGCAGCUUCAAUUUAAGCUGCAAUCCAUUCUUCGAGAUUUUGGAUCACUGGAUCUGAAAAUCACUAUCCGUGAGAAUUUAACAUCCUGCUAAAAACGCUAACGAGCUGGGCCCAGCGUGACAGAACAUUGCAGGAAACCGUCACAUUCACGGACAAUAAGAAAAUCGCUUAUAAUUAUGCAGAUCCAGUACUUUGGAGAAAACAAACAACCUAAAACCCUUAUUUAGCCACAAUGAAGAGUUUAACAUUUCAAAAGAGUUCAAAGAAAAUGCUCUUGCAUAAGAGGGCAAAUCAUGCCGACCAGAGACAAUAACCGCAGAAAAUCAAUACCCGGUAUGCGUGUCACGACCUCUCGGUAUGAAAUAAGCAGGAAAAAUCAAAUUUGCCCAGUCAAAACGCUUCCCUCCAGAACAUAAUCUACCCGUCAGAGAUAAAUAAAUUCAUUGGAACAAGCAGCAUUUUGGCAUGAGGUAAAAGUCGUGUGUUGCCUAUCGACCCCCUGUUUAUACUAAAAAUACUUGUUUUGUUUAUAUAUCUCCAAUCCAUCAAUACAAAUUAUUUCAAAACGUGUUGUAAUCGUUUGAAAAAGGAAAUUACUAAAUCUUAAAUCGUAUUAAUGCAAAAGUUGAAUGUGAUAAAAACUUAAUUGCGUUGAAUAAAAUUAAAUACCCCACUUGUUUGCUUUUAGCUUAACUUGUCUACACCGUCAAACCCUUCUAGUACAUUUAUUAUGCUUUUUCCUUCAAUGCUCUUUCAAAACUUUCCGAAGCCACCAUCACAACUCUUCUCACAGGUACAAUUACGUCAUGUCAAACAGCACAGUUCGAAAUAUUCUUUCACGCGCUGGUCUAUUCUUGUCAACCAAUUGUAGCGUCUGUUAGAUUCAAAGUCCCUCAGGUGGUCGUUAGUAGCCAAUCAGCCGUCUUGUCCAAAAUCUAGACCAACUGAUUUAACCGUGCUAACGAUUGGAUCGGCGCCAUCAAAGCAAUAGCGCUCUGCUCCAGAGGCUUUUCGCGCUGGUACUAUAAAGACUUGACAGAAACCGGAAACCGCGCUAGAAAAGCCUCUGGCACCCAGGGUAGGUAUACCCAAAUUGUCCAAAAAAUUUUCCAGGAUUUUUUUUUCCAGUCAACUUUGCUCUCGUAAUUUCUAGAAUUUUCGGUUGAAUGGUUCGCAUUUCGGAAAUAAAACAGUUUUCGGAAUUUCUGGAAACUUUUCCGGGAAAUUUCUGUACCAUUUGCCGCUGUUUCCAAAUUUUCGAAAGUUUUGAUUGAAUGGGAAGCGCCCAAUGUUUCCCGAGGCGGAGCUUGCGCACUACUUAGUAUUGAGAAAAUCUCGUUCGCGUAGUCGUCCUCGUUUUAGAACCUAAAGUUCUCUAAUUUGUCCGUCGGAACCAGUCGUUAGGGAAAUUAAGCAACGACGACGGCGACAGCAACGAGAACGGCAAAAACCCAAAGGUUUAGAUUGGCAAAACAACAACUUUGCACGUGCAUCACGCUUUUUAGUACAUUUCUUUACCGUCGCUGCACGACUACAACGUGAAACUGCCUAAUUUCACGUUUUGUUGAGGACGGGAACACAAGACAACGAUUUUCUUUUUCUUUUCCUGAACUUAGAUACAGUCGUUUAGAAUUCAACUCCAGAAAAAUAUGCCAGCAUUUAACGAAUUGAACGAGAUGUAAUAAGCGCGACAAAGUUUGAAGCGGUGUGAAUUCACUUUUUAAGUGACGUUUUUGUAGCUGUCGCCGUCGUUGUUGCUUAAGCUCCCUAUUGAGUGCUUCUGAUUUUCACUCACAGAAGUUCUUUUAUGAAGAAGUGCACCUCUCUUGAUGUGUCCUUUGGAAAUCAUCUUUUCUGUACUUCACCGUGUGUUGUAUUGCGCGUGAAGGUGCAGAAUGACCAAAUCUGAAUAGAGUGGUUUUCGUUUGAGUGUCGUAAAACCAAAACCAAAGUAAUUACUCUGGCCAAUCACAUAGGACACAGACAAUACAUUGAACCAAUCAAAACUCGAAGUAAUUACAUGUGGCGGACGCAAAGCGCGGGAAAAUGCAUGCGAGCGCGUCACAAUUGGCUUUGGUUUUACUUCUGAUUGGAUGAAAAGGUGGCGCGAAUCUUUUAAGCCAAUCGAAUCGUGUAGAAAGUGCAAAACCAAUUACUUUUCGACACUCAAAUGAAAACCGCUCUAAUGUGCUUGUUUGUCUUGAUUCCAGUUGAUCAUUCAACAAUUUACUUUUUCUGCAAUUCAUGGAAAUUGAAACUGAUCAAACGUGACGUGUGGAACAGUGGAAUACAAAGUCGACAUGAAUUUGACGUGAAUGUUUUAUGUUGUGGAUUUUGUGACCUAUUUAAAACUAUUUUUAACAGCGUCGUGCUUUAAAAUUUACAUUAUUUCGUGCGAACCCAGCCCGUGUACUAGGCUGAUAGGAACUUUUCUAUACAUUCAGAGAAUUAGCUGAGUUACCAUAUGUGAAGAGCUGUAUUGCACUGGGUGAUAAUAAACCUAACAAUGCCGCUACCAAAGGAAGUUCAGCAUCUCCCAGUAAAGGCGUCAAAGGAGCCAAAAAGGAAAGUAAGUGACUGUGGGUUGUUGAAUAACUAGGCAAUGCAGCUUGAAAAGCUGUGCUUUGCGUAAAUUUCACAUGACAGAUGGUCAAAACACGCGUGAUUAGAUUACGAGUGAUCAAAGGUCCAAACGCGCGUGAUCGAAUUGCAUUAUGUGCAUUCCCUUCAUUCUUAGUGGAAGCCCAACCGAAUGCUGGCUACAUACAUACAACGCAUGCGUAAUAACAACCUGGAGAUUAGGAUUGCGGGCUCCUCUUGUCGCCCGCAAAAAAUUGUAAGAAUACGAAAUGAUUUACACAAAUGGUGAUAUACUUUACAUAUAGAGGGGAUGUGAUCCACUUCCGUGCAAACACCCUGCUCGGGGUGUCGACUUAGUGUCCGUAGACUUCUAAAUUCUGACUGGACUCGGUAAUACAGGGGUGCGAGAGGAAUUUUUUUUGAGCAUUAGUAUUAAGUCAGAAUUGAGGUUGAUUUCCACUGACGCGUUUUUGGCUACUCAAUCUGCUCGCAUAUUAGAACUUGGCAACGAGCCAAACAAAGUGACUCAAGAUAUUCUGAAAUUCUUAGCCUCUGAUGUAGUCAGUACCGCUUUGCUUUCACAUUGAACAAUACAGUCGACUAGCAGCCUGUAGAAGUAAUAACAGUACUUUCUAGUUGAGACUGUAGUUUUUGGCUGGUAGUUGAGUGUUUGGCCUCUCUUCAGUAAAGCUGAAAAAUAUGUAACAGGGUCUUGCCGUUACCUCUGCUAGUUGCAAGCGAGUGUGCACAAGCAUUCGAUAUCGCCACAAAUGCAGCUGCACACACAAUUUUCCUUUCUUUUAUUCGCAGCUGUAAAGCCCGUACCUAAGGACAAAGGUGUUUUAAAAGUUCUUGGUAAGCAUUUUAGAUUUUUACUUGUACUGUAUGUUUUAAAAUCCAAUGCAGGGAUAAUAGACAAAAGAAGGAGUUUGCUACAAACCGGAGCGAGCAAUUCGUAUUAAUCCGUUUCACGGAGUUAAUCUAUUUUAGGCUGAUUUUGACCAGUAUCUAGGCCAUCGCAUGAUUUCCUCAAACUACCUAGCAAAAGGCACUGACCGGAAAACGGUAGUACCCUGCCAUUUUCAUAUUUUACACUUCGGAUGUGCUCCCUUAUGCGGAGCGGAAGUUCCCUUUUCGAGGAAACAAGUACUCUAAAAUGUCUCAGUUGACUGGUUUGUGAAAACGCCUUGGCAUAGGCCUAGUAUGGAAGUCAAAGUGUCUUCAGUAAAAUAAGAUGAUCGAGAAGGCUAUUCCGUGACAUGAGAGCUUCUCUGAGGCAGUUAUCUUGGUAAAUACAAGGAGGCCGACUCGGUUGAUCUUUACUUCGUGCAAGCCAACGAAGCACCACAACUUUUUAUGAAACUGAAAGUGGGACAGCUGCUGACAUGACACUAGCACCGAGCAAAACGCUUAGUAACAGCAUCCGCGAACGCAGUUCAGAGCACAUGGAAUAGAAGUAGUAAACCUUUAUUUAACUAGGUAAUCCCUUCAGAAUACUUAAAAGUAUAUCUGUUAUCAAUAGGAGCCCUAAAUUAAGACUAAUAAAAAAAGUUCAAAAUAAAUAAUAAGAAACUAAGUAACUAUAAGUUAAUAAUAGUACAGUAUAACAAUUAAAACUAAUUCUUAUUUACUAAAUAAUUAUUAUACACAACUGAGCCAUUAUAAUAAAAACUUUUCUUGGCGGUCUCAGUUCUUACUGCAGGAACGUAUAUAAAAUUGCUUCUUCUUGUUUCUCUUGAAAUAACUUCCUUAUUCAACUUAAAAUAAUUCUUUAAAAACUGUGGUACAUUAUUAUUUAAACACCUCUUCACUAAACCUAAAAUAUGAGCGUUACGGCGAUCUUCUAAACUCUGAAAUUUAAGAUAGUCGGUGGAUGUUGUACCACAUUUAGAUUUAACUAUAAUUUUCGAGGCCCGCCUUUGCAAAGAUUCAAGACUUUCCAUAUCUGCUUUAUUGCAGCUGGACCAAACAACAUCGCAAUAAUCAAAAAUGGGCAAAAUUAAUGAAUUAUACAUCUCGAAAGCUGCAUGUAUAGUGAUAUUCCUUCUAAGGCGCCCUAAGACACCAACUCUUUUACCAACCUUAGAAAUAACAUAACAUAGAGGUUUUUUCCCUCCAGAAUUAUGGCAAUUUUAGUUAUUUCUUGGUCUUCAUGAUAACUGGGCCUCAAAGUCUCCUUUAAAGGAAAAAGGUCUUUUGAUUUCUGCUGAUGGAAUCGAGGCAAAGAGGGCUAAUUAACGUGAUUAACAUGUGUAUAAAAGAAAGAUGUAUCUUGGUGCAUGCUGGCCUGUUGAUGCCGCUGGUCUGGCCACGGAUAGGAACGCUGGCCCUCAUUUGAUAACUCCGUUUAAUUGCAUUGAACUGCUUUAGAUUUAAUUAUUGCACUCUAUUUAUCCACUUUGUAUCCUUUGGUGUAGAGUACAUGAAGGAAAACAAAGACAGUGUUGCUUGUCAGGUAAAAAAUCUUUUUUCGCUUAAAGUUACUAAUUUACCCUUGGUAGUAAAAAGGCCAUUUGGAUGAUGACGUCAUUUUAUUACCACGACCAGAAUCCUUCAUGGUUUUGCUUUCUUGUGUAAAUGAGGGCUUUUGUUAUUUAAACCUCACCGAGAUUACCAAAUUUAAAUAUGAAUGGAAAACGAAAAGGAUUGUGGUCUUAGUACUAAAACUGAAUGCCGCCAUCGUGCAAAUGACCUGUUGAGAAGGUAUGGUGAAUACUUCUUGAUCAAAUCCAACUUGUCUUUGUUCGUCAGGUUCAAGCACUUAAGUACCUUGAACAGCUCACCAGAAAGCAAGGUAAAUAUUUCCGUAUGAUAGCUUCAGUCUACUUUUUUUUAAAGAAAAGUCAGAGCUAUUACAAAAUAGUUUUGAAGAGUAGCAAUUAAGUCGUCCUUUUUGCCCACUUUUUGAUUUACUUCAAACUUAUGAAAGAAAGUAAUGGUAAAAGAGAGAAAUAAAAAUACUCAAAGGUGUUACUGAAGGAAGGAUGAAAAUAACAGAGCAAAGAACGAUCCAUUCUGACCACCAUUUUUUGUUGGCCCCCAGAUUGCACUGUGGUAGUUGUUAUGCAAGAAUGCCAACUAUCAGUACAUCCUGGUUAAUUCUUUUGAUGCGCCUCUUUAUUAACAAAAUGUCAACUGACUGUUAUUUUAUUUUGUUUUAGAUGUGACAUUAAGAAAAAAAGACAAACUACAGAUUGCAGAGACGAUGAAGAAGGAAAACAAAAAGCCGGAGCCUUCUAAAGAUGUUCAUCUUCAAGCUCUCAAGAUAUUCAUUAAUCUUUUCCCUAAAGGUACUGUGUAAAUCUGUUUCAGAUAUUUUUAAAUAGUUUUUAAAUGUCCUAUUUUAUAGCUUAUAUCUGUUUUAUCUUUUUAUUUAGGGAAACGUCAUAACGUCAAACUCUAGUUUUCCUUUUCAAGAUUUUUUAAUAACUUUUAUUUUCCUCAUCUUGAAUAAAUACGUUUUUAAUAUGUUAUGUUAUGUUAAGGGUAUGGAGCAUUCAGAAUGUGUGACUGUCUGAAUGACAGUUUAGAGGGUUUUGAUUAUUAUUAUUAUUAUUAUUAUUAUUAUUAUUAUUAUUAUUAUUUAGUCUGGUAUUGCUUAUAGUUAUACUUAAUUAAUUUUCCUUUUUAUGCGGUUUAAGCAAGCACAUCAGUUUUUUUGAAUUUAUUAAUUUAUUCAGUCACAAUUUGUGAACAAAAAAACAUGCCCCAACAUAAACUGCGUUCUUUUUAUCUUUGAUGUUUGCCGGCUUUCAUAACCAGUCUUCUCUACUAACUAUGGUAAGAGAGCAAUAUUGGGACACAAGAAGCUGGAAGAGUGUGAAGAGAACAGCAUUAUCACUAGAAAUUUUGUUUCAAAGAGAUUCACUUAAUUACGGUUCUUUUCUCUAGCAUCACCGGUAAUCAUAUCAGAUUAUAUAAGCUGGAGGUAGAGCUAUUUUUAAGCAUUUAAGAUGCUUUUGAUGUUUCUUUUUUAACUUGUUUUUCGACUUUGUUCCCUCCCCCUUAGCUGAUGACAACGAUGUCAUGUUUACAGAGGAGAUAAUCCGCGAAGUUCUAGCUGCCAUGAAAGUACGUAUACAACGUUUUCAUCAGGGUUCUUUAGACUUUUUUUCGAAAACAGAACUAAUGGUACCGCACUUCCAUAUGUUUAUUCAAGUUGUCAAUUAGUGGACUCGUCUUAAAGAACUGCAUCUUACUAAAAUGGACCCCAGCUACCGUUCUUUGCUCACUUUGUUUUACUAUGAACUGUACAAGUUAGACAGCUCUUUCACUCUGUAGAUCCUGGAGUGAAUGAUGUAGUCAUAGUAACGAACAAUGUAUUCACCUUAGAAUAAGAUGAUUGUUUUAAAAGACAGUCUCUUCUGUUCCUCAACAGUCACAUGCAGCCUCUUCAGAACUACAGGCCUGUGGUUGUCAGUUAUUAAUGGCAUUAUCAGCUGAUGGUGAGUAUACUGGCGCUGAUCGUAAAUUUUUAAUUUACAAUACACUGUAAUUCAAAAUCUUUUGUUUUUCAGGCGCGAAGCGCCGAAGUGAGAUUCUCGUGAGAAGCGUGAGAGCCUCUGCAUGUUGACACCCUUGCUCCAGAUCUUUAGUUUGAUUGCUCGUGAAUUCUUGAAACACUCGAAAACACGGGCUGUUUAGUUUUCAGUCUAAAUCUAGAAUAUGAAUGUGACCACUAAACGAAGUGAAAGCAACUGAUUUAGCGUUACUCACGUAUGUUACUGAAAAGAACUCUCUGUCCAAACCAAGGUAUUUUGUCUACGCACCGAUUACUCAAAAGGAACUUUUCUUACAGCUUCCAGGAGGACAGAGAUCACUUCAGGGUUUAAAUAUAGUUGAAUUUUGAAGGAAAGUAAGCGUUCUUCUGAUAACAAAUGUUAGGUACAGCAUGUUGGAAAUCCAUAAACAAAGGUUUGUUGAUAUAUUUGAAAAUGGUAUCCUGAUGAGCCCGAAACGUUCGAUUUCAUCGCUUAGUAUUACUUGCUUACGUUGGCAAUCUUAGGUAUUUAAUUGAACUUGUAUUAAAAUUGUAGCCCCACUGACUGACUCUUCGUUAUUUUAGAGGCCGCUGGGGACAUAAUCGGUCGCUUUGGUGGAGUUCAAGACUUGUUAGCAGCGUUACGAGCGUUUCCAGAUAACAAAGUCAUUGCAUCACAUUGCUGCGGUGCGUUGUGGAGUCUGGCUGUUUCUGGUAUGUCUCCGUUAGAAACGUUGAGGUCCGUAAAGAUAAUAGAGGGAGCUUAAGUAGCCACAACGACGACGGCCGCAAAAAUCUCAACAAAAAGAUAAAUUUGCGUUCUUUCAACCUUAAUCGCGUUUAUUUAGCAUCGGUCAAUUCUUCAAAUGUUAGAGAAUUUUUCUGGAGUUGAAUUCAGAGUCUUAAGAACUGUAUCUAAGUCAAUAAAGAUAAACGUAAAUUUGUCUUGAUGUGUUCACGCUCUCCAUUAAAGGUCGAAUAAAGAAGGUAUACGUCUUAGUCGUACAGUGAACGUCAAAGAGAUGAGCAGUCGAAUUCGGUGUUAAUACAGCCACAGGUGGGGACCAUAGAGUGUUCGUAUUAAAAGCGGGUCUUGUUAUCCAAGUCAAAAGGCACCUUGUGUUGAAACAAAAUACAAAAAAAAUUUUACAUCCUCUUAUCAAGCUUCCAAUUAGUGAAAGAGCAAAAUAAUAACAAUAAUAAUAAUGCUUAUCUAUUGACUUUAUCCCGAUAUUCUCUGUUCCAAAAAACCUUCACGAGGGUUCCCAAUACGGUUCUUCAAUCCCUAAAUCCCAGCCUAAAAUUUCGUGCAAUCCCGUAAUCCCUAGGGUUAUUUUUGGCAUCCCACCUCUCAAGCAUGCUUUCAAUCCCGAAUCUUGCCCCGAUUUUGCUUUCAAAUCCCGCAUCCCGGGCUUCAAAUCAGUAAAGGAAAUCCCGGUUACCGAAAAAACCUAUUGGGCACCCCCCUUGAAGUAUGGUUCAUCCCGCCGCAGUUCUGCACUGAUCUUGACGGCUGAACUGAUUCCCUUGUCUAGAGGCAAACUGUAAGAUUGUGACAGAAGAGCGUGGACUGGAAGACAUCUGUCUUGCUAUGGGAAGACACAACUCAGAUGUGGAGCUGGUGGAGGCAGCCUGUUCAGCCCUGUGGUCUCUUUCUAUGGAAGGUAAGACGGUCUAACUUAACCUGAAGUAAAAUAUUCACAAAUACCGGCAGGACGGUGGUGAAAUUUGAAAGUUUAGCAGCAACAAUAACCUUUUUUGUUUCCAGAGUUGUCAAUAACUUGAUAUAAUACUCAAAUUAAAAAUACUUAGAGUAGCUGGUCUGUCAAAGUGACUAUAAAGCUAAACUAGUUGGGUGACCAAAAGUGACUAAAUACUGCUUGAAAACCACAAACAUAAAUGCACUUCUUACUUAUUUCCCACUGUGAGACAACUAAAAUUAACUUAACUUUUUUAAUUUACACACUUGGAUUAAUGGUAGAUUUUACAGAACAAACACAUUGAUAAUACACACUCAAGGCUGCUGCCUAAGAAAUUUUUUUGGGAACCCUUCGGGCUCCUAAAAUAAAAAGCUAAGAGCCCGAGCCACAUUCCUAGGAGGCAAUUAAUCGAUAAUCUUGCUACAUGUAUAAAAUAACGUAGUAAAUUACAGAGAGGAAAUGGCAAAAUGCAUCAAUUAUUAUUAGAAGUUGGUAGAAAUUAAUAGAAUAUGAAUUACGUGGAUAGAAUUUUAAAUCUGUUAUCGCUACACCAAAAAAGCGACACAUUGUUGGUAUCUGCGUUUAACAUCGAAGAACCGCUUACCGCGUUUUGUUGUGUCGCUGAAAUUCGUGUUCGAGAUCGACCCUGUAGAAAUGCGUGUCCAGUGCUUUUACUCAGUGAUCAUGACGAACUAGAAACUGGACUCAACUAGUUUACUCAUAUCCUGGCCUCUUCUUUUCAGAGGACAAUCUGGAACCGAUGGAGGAUCUCAGUGUUAUAGAUCUACUCGUCGAUGCCAUCAAAAUGCACAAAAAGGUCAGUAAACACAGCCUAAAUUUACUGUGCCAAAUAAUCAUGCUUGUAUACAUUGCUUAUAAAAUAUUCCUUGAAGGGCUUUGGCGGCACCAAAUGCACCAGUGACGCCCCUUUUCGGUGGACAGGGUUGUUUGAUCUUUUGGUUUUAUUCCUGAUUUCAACUUCUGGGUCUUUUGGUCACUGGAUCCCCAGGUCUCCGGGUUCAUGGGCCUCUCAAGCCUGCUUAGCGGGCGCUAAAAAGGGAAGGACUGAGAGGGGAAGAAAAACGCCAAUCCCCGGUGGGGGCCGGCGCCCAAGGUGGUCCACUUUGACCGGUCUGGUGGGACCGAAAUGUCCCUUUCCAUUUGACAAAAUUGUUGUCCCCAGUACCACCCUUUUGUAUCCUGCUUAUAAGAACAAUAACCACACGUGCGGUGGCUUGGGACGGGUCUGUGCAACCGGAAUGUACCGUUCCAUUGGGCUUGGGCACGUGAAAUUUCCGAAAUUUCAAACCGGAAUUUUUGUUGAUUGGAAAGCGCCCUAGGUCUCCGAAUCUCUUGUUCUCUGGAUUUGUAAGUUUUCGGGUCUCUGGUUUCUGGGUUUUGCGUCGAGAAAGCUAUUUUCUACUAACGCGUCGUUUUCUAUGCUUUAAUAGGAGGCAAAGGUCAUAAAGAAUGCUUGCAUGGCCUUGGCAAGUAUUGUAGAGGCUCGAGGUGAGGAUUAAUUAAUUAUUAUCAUAGGAAGAGUUUUAGACCCUGUCCUCUAAAUUACUGACCGCAGCUCGAAAUUCUUGUUAUUUUAAAAGUUCCGUUGAGAUGAUGCUUUACUUUGUUUACAAAUUUCCUUUUACUUCUUCAGAGGUGUGCGCUUACCAGCUACUCAAGGCCGAGGGAGUAGAGAGCAUCAUCACUGCCUACAAGUAAGUCAAUGCUCUCUGUCUGUUGAGUUGUUUUAUGCUCAUAUAGUGCAUCCUUCAAUAAAGGACUUUAUUGCAGCUGUCUUCGUUACAACGUGUUCUUUUCCGAAAUAGGAUUACUCGUAGCCUGCGAAAACAGCCGUCUCUCCUCAAUCGCUCCUCGCUGCUAGGGACUUUUCGCCAGCGUUUCGACAGGGACGAUGAGAGACGGUUGUUUUGCAAGCUAAGCGUUGCUAGUGAUGAGGAGCGAGAAGAGAGGGCUCCUUUUGCAGGUUAGAUAACGCGCUAAAACUCGCCAAUUCCAACUGAAGCUACAGAAGAGCUUCUUGACAGUAGCGAAAUUGAUGCUUUGGUUAACGGGAAUGCCGUAGCUUCAGAAAACGCAGUUAUUUACAAUUUUUGCCUCCUGAAUAUCUAUCUAACCGCCUCACUUCUUUCUUAUUGUUAAGUACCGGUAACAUCAAAGAAAACGACGAAGUUGUUGAAAACAUUUGCAUCCUCUUCUCUGAGCUUGUAGACUACGGUAAGUUAAUAUACUUGUGUACUGUGUUUUUAAUUUCCUUGUAAAUUAAAUUGGGGAAAGGUUUGUUGCCUCAGUUGACAUCGUAAGCCACAGACUGUCUUCAUUUCCCAGUAGUAAGGAACACAUUUUGCACUGUUGACUUUUUGAAAGUUGGAAAGUUUAAAUCCUCAUAAAUUAUUGUCUCAAAUUUUGUUUUAGCUAUGACUGAUUGGAUAACAGUACUUCGUGUCGUCCAGUUUUAUCUGCAGUCAUAUACGCGAUUAAACAAAUGGGAUUCCCCCGAUUUUGUUUAACUACUCCUAUAAUAAUUACAGACAGAACUGUUCUCCACUCAGUCAGUAGAUUACCUAUAUUUAUCACUCACAGCACAAGUACUAAUACUUUUUGUUUCCUUUUACUAGAGGACAUCAAAGAGGAAAUGAAACUUAACAAAAACAUCACUAGCUUGCUCUCGGAAGCCAAGACAAAGUUCUCGGAUGAUGAGCACGAGGUAAAACUGUACUUUCCUGAGUGUUUUCUUUGUCUUUCGUCGUUUGUUACUUUUGUAAGUUCUCAAACCAAGAAUAGAAACCUGUAG